UUAAUUUACUAAAUCCAGGCCUGACCUAACCGGCAAUUUCUCCAACGACAACAUGAGUGAUGAUAAAGAUGACCAUGGUCAUGCUGAACAGGAACACUCCGAUCACGAACUGGAUGCAGGAAGCGAACAAUUCAAUCCCUUGCGGGCUCUUUAUGCUGACAACUUUAAAAUUUCCGAGACUAAGCCAAAAGUUUUGUACCAAAAUUUGGCCGCCUUUGAGACGGCUUUAAAGAAAUUCGGCGUAUGGAAACUAAAUAAGAAAUCCACAACCGCUGCUCCCACAAGCGACAAACCACCGAUUGGUUCUGUUGCCGCCUCCACAUCAAAAAAGGCACAGGAAGAGGAACUUACUCAGCGCCGAUUUCAGCCCCAUCAAAUGCCCGUCAAAGCGGCGGUUAACAAGCGCCAUCACCGCAAUCUCUACGUACAAAUGUCCGGCGCCGAAGGACCUCUGUCGCUGCUUAAUAAAUCUUUGACUACCAGAGUGCGAGUCAUGGUGCGAAAAGAGCACUCUGUGGCUGGUUCCAUUGAGGGUGACCUAGUAGCCUUCGAUAAGCAAUGGAACAUCCUUCUUCGCAAUGCCAUCGAGACUUGGCAACGGCGCAAAUUUAAAUAUGGCCAACAGAAUAUUCAAUGCGGAGUAGAAGAGGAUUGCAGUGAUAGACUGAAUGAACUGGGCAUCACACUGCCCCAAGUGAUGAGCGUAAAGAGUCUCAAUCGCAAGAAUGUUGAGCUAAAGAGGAAACUUAACCAAGUAUUAAUACGAGGCGAACAAGUAGUUUUAGUUUGUUUAAUAUCCAAGGAAAAAAAAUAAAGGUAAGACUGAAGAAAACUUA